UUUGGCAUCGGCGCUAAGCGCGAAGGCUGGCUUGCGCAAGUCCAAGGGCUGCCUCUUGCCCACAUCUGGGGGCAUCUCGCUCUCCAAGAAGCCAAUUGACCAUGCGCGAACGACGACGGAGACGAUGAGGCCGGCACCAUGAGGACGCUAGCUUGGCUCCUCGCGGCGGCGGCCGCGCGGGCGCAGGCGCCGACGGCCGCGCCGACCUACGAGACGUGGGCGCCGACGGCGGGGCACCCGACGCCCGUGCCGACGUCGGCGCCGUCGCCGAUGCCGUCGGCGGUCCCGUCGACGGCCGCGCCGACGAUCACUCCAAAGCCGACGCUGACGCCGCAGCCGAGCUCGGUGCCGAGCCGUACACCCACGACCGUGCCUUCAUCAAGCCCGACGCGCGUGCCCGUGCCGCAACCGAGCGGCGCGCCUUCCAUACCUCCGACCGCGGGCCCCAGCGGCGCGCCGUCCGUGCCGCCGACGCCGCGCCCGUCCUCGGUGCCGUCUCCAUUACCUUCGCCGGGUCCGACGCUGACGCCGCACCCGACGACGGCCCAGCCGACCGACGUGCCGACCGUGACGCCGGCGCCGUCGCCGAUCCCGACGGCCGUGCCGUCGUCGACACCGUCCCUUGAGCCGUCGCCCGCGCCGUCGACGGCGGCACCUUCACCGCUACCGAGCCCGGUGCCGAGCCGCACGUUCAAGCCGACGCACAGCGUCGCGCCCACACAUGCGCCCACGCUCUCGGCGCACCCGACCGUCUCGCUGGAGCCGACGGUGUCGCCCUACCCGACGCCGGCGCCCUCGACGUCGCCGGCGCCCUCGCCGAUCCCCUCGACGUACCACCCGACGCGCUACCCCACGAGCGUGCCCACGUCGCGGCCCUCGCCGCUGCCGUCCAUCUCGCCCUCGGCGUCGCCCUACCCGACGGUCACGAGCGCGCCGACGCACCGACGGGCCAUCAUCGACGUCAAAUUCAACACCAUCAUGGCGUACGUCAACGCGACGGAGAUCAAUCUCCCCGAAAGGUGUUCGCGCUGCGCCGCGGCGCGCGCGGCGCUGGCCCAGGCCUUCGCGAAUGCACUAGAUGUGCCCGUCGAGUGGAUCGUGUCCAUCGAGGCGCGGAGCAUGUACUUCUCGCACGAGUUCCCGCGCCCGGCGCGGCGUUUGUCGGACGAAGCGCCGCCGCGGCCGCGGCCGGCGCGCCGGCUCCUGUGGGGCGACGCGCCCGUCGUCGAGCCAGUGGCUGUGGCGACGCCGCCGGCGACGGCGCCCUCCGUCGCGACAUUGGCCGACGAGCUGCGACAGCGCCAACUAAAGCACUUCGACUGGCACACGGCCGCGCCGACCUACACGCCCGCGCCGUCGCCCGUCCCGUCGCCCGCGCCCUCGAAGCCGCCGACGCACAUGUUCUGGCCGACGCGGUCGCCGACGCGCGCGCCCACCGUAUUGCCCAACGUCACCAUGGUCGGCGCCGUGACCACUCUAACGGUCGCCGACUCGACCGAGGCGCAGAACGUGACCGACGCCUUCGUGGAACAAGCGUUGAUAGAUCUGGCGAAAGCUGUGAAAAGUGGCCAAUUUUUGAGUGAUGUGCAAACUCAAUUAGCGGGCACGACGGCUUCUGACAUCUUCGAGGACGCCGUCGUCCUCAAGAACCAGACCGUGGACUGGAAUGCGGAGCGGUGCGCGGAGCAAUGUUAUGACAUGACCGUGACGACGGACAAGCCGACGACGUCGCCGACGACGGGCGCGCCGACGCAGCAGCCGACGGAGUGCGGUCUCACGUAUUUAGGCGUCUGGUGGCCGUGCGAGAUCGACGGCUGGCCCGUCAUGCCCUGGAAGUUCCAGAGCUUUGGCGAGGCGACGGGGACGAUCGUGGCCUGCCUCGUCUUCUGCGUUUUUUGCUUCGUGUUCGGGAAGAAGUUCUGGAUCGAGUAUCGCGACGACGCGAAGAAAAUAUACCGGGAGGGCCCCUACUACCGGAACGUGGCCAAGGCUUUUAUAAGGGAGUCGGUGCUCGAGUGCGCGGCGACGCCGUGGUAUUUGAGGGACGCCGUCGUCCAGUGGUGGAAGAUGAUCUUUCAGGUCACGGAGAUGGACGUGCGGCCGUGGCCGGGCCGCGUGGCGUCCGAGAAGCGCGUCUGCGACGAGGGGCAGCUCCAGGGGUAAUAUAGUUUUGUGGUUUUUUGUUGGUGUACGCUUAUGCUUCGGAAGCAGUGCAAAGUGCCAAACUCGG